UAGUAGGUGUGCUGAAAAGAAAAGUCUCAAGCAAAGGGAAAUUCUCGCAUACAAGCAUAUUAGUUUAAAAUGCAAUGUACCUUUUUUACAUGAUUAAACUCAUUUUUUUCUGGGAAGUACUAAACGAAUUUACAUCAUAAUCGCUUUCAUUGACAGCGUACACAUUAUUAGCGUGUGUGUCAUCAAGUAAAAAUAUACUUUGAAGAGCAUCUUGCUUACGCUGCAUAAUUGAAGCAAAUCGCCUGUUGCGAUCGCUAUGUCGUUGUAUUAUUAAGCUUCAUAACUACCUUAGGAGCACAGUGAAGCAGGUCAUUAUGCUUCUUCGCAUCACAAAAUCUUUCCAAUAUUGUCGGUCAAUUGAGUAUGUAUUUUAGUACCUUGGUCAUUUUAAUUGACUUUUUUUUUAUUUUAGUAGAGGAUUAAACCUAAUGAUGAAACCAUCGAAAGGCAAAUCUUAAAAGACAUAUUAAUUUUGCGGCUUAACGUGUACCAGUAACAAAACAAACAAACAAAACGUCACAACACAUCGUACUCUUUCGAUUUUUCGCAAUCGGAUUCAACUCCGACGACAGCGAACGUAAAAAUCCCAACUUUCGACUGCCUCCUCGGCCAUGGCCACCCAGGUGUACCGGAUCACGCUUCCGCCGGAGCAAAUUCUCGCCCGUAAGCUGUACCUGUGCGGCGUCGGCGACUGCAGCGAGCAGUUCCACAACGGGUCCCAUCUGCAGCUGCACCAGGCGAGGCGCCACGGGUUGAAGGCUCCGUCGUCCGUCGAGGAGCCUCCCCGGAAGGACACCGUCGUCUAUCACUGUCCGGAGUUUUCGUGCUGCUACCAUGAAAGGGCUAGUGGGGAGAAGUUCUUCGGGACGUUUCGCAGCUUGAAGCAGCACUUUUUGAAGGUGCAUUCGGAGAAGAACUUUGUAUGCAGCUCAUGUAACGGGCAGAAGGCGUUUGCAACUGAAGCCUUGCUUCGAGCUCACGAAGCCAACUGUGGACAAUCAUUCUGCUGUGAAGUUUGUAACUUAUCGUACGGAACCAGGGAAGCCCUGCUGACCCACGCAAAACGGAAGAACCACGGCUAUGAGGCACUGCUGGCAAAGAAAUCAAACAAGAGAAAGGCCGAAAAGAGUUUGGACAAAAAUCGCAAAGCACCAAAGAUGGAAACCCACGUCACGAUCCAAAUUCAAACGAAUCUCCCAACCAACUAUACCAGAACAUCCCAAACCACUCAAACGGAGUACAACGCACCGGAAGUGGCCAACCGGAACGAAACCGCAACCCAAACCAUCAAAACCCUGAACGCUUCAACGGUGGACAACGGUUGCCAAACAAACCUGCAGCAAUUGCUGGACCUCGAACUCGAAGACACCGGAACGACCUUCCCCACGCCGCUGGUGGUUUGUACGGAAACCCAGACCGAUCUCAUCUACGACAGCAUGUUCCCGAACGAGGAUCGGACCGAUCCGAUGCUGUACUCGCACAUGUACACGCAAACGUGCGACGAUAUCAUUUCGGAUCUGGGCCUGGCCACGAUCGAAACGCAGACCAACUGGGACGGAGGGCCGCUGGAGUGCAGCUCGACGCACACGCAAACAUGAUAUUGUACCGACGCGGCGGAUUUCCGGAUCGAUUUCUAGCCGCUGCUGAGUGGGAGGGUGAAGUCUAGUCGGGAUGUUGUUUUCAAAAUGAUUAUUGUUACAGCUAGUGUAAAUAAUGUCUUUGAAAUAAGUUUGUAGCUAGAAGCCAAUAUUUGGAGAAGAUUUAGCCUAGAAAAAUAUCAUAAAAGAAUUUGAUUCACAUAGUUUUUACAACGCACUAAUCUUUCAAACUCGAUCAUUGUGAAACAGAUUGUUUAAAACUGUUUAAUCUCGUCAUAGCAUUAAAUCUUACAAUUUUUUUCACGAGGUAAAUGUAUCUUAGCAUAAAUAAAGCACAUCAAAAUCCAGAAGCA